CAGCCUGAAACAAACGGAGGGUGAUAGUAGUAAAGUCAGUGGGAGGAGGUUCCUCUGGGAAGUUCAUUAGCCCCUGCUCAGUUGGGAGAACAGCAUUUGCUCACAAUCGCUGGACACAGUUGCAUGGGACCAAAUUUCCUAAAAGCCUCACUCUUCUCCCCUCGGCUGCACCACUAGAAGGAGCUGAGCCUCCCCCUGUGGCUGCGGAUGACAAAUCUCUCUCUCUCUGGCUCUUCCUCAUGGUUUCACCCAGGGAUACACUUUUGUGACAUAAACCAUUAAACCAGAAAAGCUGGACUUCAGCUCCGCGCCACAACAUGACUCUCUUGGGUUCCGAACACUCGCUAUUGAUCCGGAACAAGUUCAGAUCAGUUUUACAGUUACGUCUUCAGCAGAGGAGAAGCCGUGAGCAUCUGGUCAGCCAAGGACUCAUGCCUCCCCUGAAGAACCCCGCUGCAUUCCAGGAGCAGAGGAAGAACGUGGACCGAGCCAAGGCUGAAGACUAUCUAAAGCACAAGAUUAGAAGCAGGCCUGAAAUUCUGAAUAUGCAAAUCUUACAAGAUCCAGCCAAUGAAAGCUCAGCUCAGGCUGCCCAGAUCAAAUUAAAAAGGGCACGCCUCGCAGAUGACCUGAAUGAAAGAAUUGCUCUUAGACCAGGGCCACUGGAACUGGUAGAGAAGAACAUUAUUCCAGUAGAAUCAACUGUGAAAGAGGUAUUUAAAGGAAAUCAGGUCAACUUCUCCAAAUCUGUGGAUGCCUUUGCUUUUGAAGAGGACAGCAGCAAUGAUGGUCUGUCUCCAGAAAAGGAGCCAAGCGAGAACUCCCCGGUGCUCAAUAAAGCCUCUUUCCAGGAGACCAAAGAUUUGGAGACCCUCAACUCCCUUCACUCAGGUCUAACACAGAACCAUUCCCAAGAGCAUGAUAGCGAUGCCCAAGAUGGAAGCUCUAUCCAGAGUCACUCCUGUUCACUGCACUCUGAAAGCCAGCUGUCUCCAUCUAUGUCCGCAAGUGCGGCAGUUAAGUCGAAAUCACCCAUAGAUGUAAAGAACAGACACAAAAAAACAAAGGAUAUCAAACCAAAAGUGAAAAAACUGAAAUAUCACCAAUACAUUCCACCUGACCAGAAGGCAGAAAAGUCCCCACCGCCUAUGGACUCAGCUUAUGCAAGGCUCCUUCAGCAACAGCAAUUGUUUCUCCAGCUUCAGAUCUUGAGUCAACAACAGCAGCAGCAACAUUUCGGCUAUACAGGGAUGCACCACUCCCAGCUCAAGCUUCCAAAUGAUCUGAUUAGGAAUUCCAACACAUCAUCUGUCAACAGUCCCUCCUUGUCUCCAGUGAAAACCACGUUUUCUGGUCAAGCCAAUGUCUCUAUGAAAGCAGGGCUGUUGCCUUCAAAUCUAGAUGAUUUAAAAGUUUCUGAGUUAAGGCAGCAGUUAAGAAUAAGAGGUCUACCUGUGUCUGGUACAAAGACCUCAUUGAUGGAAAGAUUACGACCCUUCCAAGAAUGUAGCGGUAACACAGUUCCAACCUACGGUGAAAUUACAACAGUGACUUUUCCAGUUACACCAAAUGGCACUCUCUCAGGCUACCAAUCUCAUGCUUCUGCAGGCAUGUUAUCAAAUGGAUUCUAUCAGUUUGGUAGCACCAGUUCCACCCCACCCAUAUCUCCUGCAUCAUCUGAUUUUUCUGUUAGUGGAUCCUUACCAGAUACUUUCAGUGACGGACCAAUGUCUUCUCCACAGUUUGGUUUGCACCCUUCCCCAAUUCACCUAAGUGCUGAGGAAAGCCUCAUGAAUAGCAUGAACAGUGGAACUUACCAAGUAGAACUGGAAGGAAUUGAUGCCGAAAAGGACAAAAUGUUGGUAGAGAAACAGAAAGUCAUCAACGAGUUGACUUGGAAGCUCAGACAUGAACAGAGACAGGUGGAAGAGUUAAGGCUUCAGCUUCAGAAGCGAAAGGUUGACCCUCAAGACAAACAACUUGCAUCUCAACACUUUUUUGGGGUACCCAUCAAACAGGAAGAUGUAUCGAGUUGCCCGUUUGCCGCAAAGCAGAUGGCGUUGAAAGUACAAGUAAAUAACGUAACUGAAAAACUAGGUGUGGGCAGGGCACAGCCCAUUACUUGUCUGGUCAACAAUCAAUGCAUGGACGCAUCAACCCAAAACUCAAUCAUGUCAUCCACUUUUUUGAGUCCUCAGUGUUCUCCGCAACACUCACCAAUGGGAACUACUAACAGCCCCCAGCACAUAAGUCUGCCACCUUCACCCAAUAACCACUAUCUGGUGUCAGUAUCCCCCAACUCACAAGGAGACAGGCAUAGUGGUUCCCCGAAUGUUAACAACCGCCUUCAUCCAGCUCAGGCUGCUGGGAGCACGAAUCACUUUCCCCCAAAUCAAAAUAACCUUCCAAUAUCAUACAAUGAACAGAUUGAGAAAAAAGGAAACAAGGAGACUGCCCCACCGAAAAGCCCAAAGAUGACUGUUUUACAGCCACCGCCCCAAAAUGGUCCAAAGCUUUCAGUUCCUUUUCAGAAUUUCACUAAAGCAGUCUCAACUGUUUUAAAGCAGCCGCCCACGUAUGAGGAUGCAGUCAGACAGCAAAUUACAAGAAGUCAACAGAUGGAUGAGCUUCUCGAUGUCCUAAUUGAGAGUGGAGAAAUUCCUGCAAAUGCCAAAGAUGAUCGGUCUUGUGCUCAAAAGCAUCAUCAGUUGAAUGUGCCAUCUGCAAACUCAAACCCAUCGACUUCAAAUGUUCACCUUCCCUACGACAACUGCUCAAGCCAUGGCGAUGGCCAUCUUGAAGUCUUACUAAACUCCCACAGCCCCUUGGGGAGGACCAGCGAACUGCGACUGCUUAAAAUCGGUAAUGACGAUCCUCAGUUUGAAAACGUGUUGAGUGGAUUUUCAGGAAAGUCGACUGAGGAAAUUCUUCCUUCUCGAGAAAACUUAGACGCUUCUCUUUCUUCCAUGGAGACACAAAUGUCCCCAUCAUCUGCAGAAGGUACAGCCUUACAACAUGUGAGUUUCACAGAAUCUCCUUGGGAGACUAUGGAGUGGUUAGAUUUGACACCUCCAAGCUCAGCUACUUGUUUGAGUUCGCUCACGACUACAGGUCCAAGUAUCUUCAACACCGACUUCCUAGAUGUUACUGAUCUCAAUUUAAACACUGCCAUGGAUCUUCAUCUAGAGCACUGGUAAAAGACUCAAAUGAAGACUUAAGAUUAACCAUUGACAUCAAUGCAAAACGAAACCCUCAAACAUGACAAAGUAAACCCCAUCCAAAGACUGGCCAACAGUUGCAAUAACUAAAGACUGAUGUUUUUUUAACCUUUCCUCACUUACAUGUUUUCUGAUGUCUUCAUGGUUUUUGCUUCCACACAAAGGAAUGUGUGCCAAAGUGGAUGCCCAAAACUGUAUUAUAAGGGAUAUAUAUUGAUACUUUUGGAAAUAUCAUUUUAUGUUUUACCAUACCGGCAAAUGGAACAAAUGCAUAAUUACAGUUCCUUUCAACAUAACACACUUUUCAGUUUAAUUUGGGGAUAUCUUCUCAUUCAUAUAGACUUGUUUUGCUAUUUUGAUAUAACAGGUGUUAAAGAAACCACUAUGAAUAAAAUGGAUUCCAUAGAGAAAGACUCCCCCAGAGCUUUCCCAUAAUUAAUAAUAUUACACUGUAAAAAAAACCUUUGCUUUUGUCCAGUGCCAGUCUGCCCAUCCUGGGACUAGAAAGUUGGAAAGGGUAAAACCCAUAAGACCAAGUACUGAUGUGCCAAGAAUUGUAGCCAUGUCUUUUUCACUUAUCAUCUAGCAGUAUUAAAAUGGGUCUCCUAGGGCCUACCAGGAAACCUGAAAUUCUGAGCCCAAUCUCACAACAAUAUGAUAUAGUGCCAACAUGGUGUAGGUUUUAUACAAGUCCAUGGUGAUAAUAAGGGUUGGCUGAACUGUCCUAGACUGGGUCCACUGGACCCACCAGGAAGUCUUCUGGUAAGUCCAACCCUUUCUGGCUGGAGAAAAAAUAAGUCAUUAAAUGCCAUUAAACUUUAUGACGUUUUAUUCCCAAAAUUAAAACCCAUCUUAAUCUAAAAUUCGGUAACAUUAAACAAUGGUCACCCCAACAUACGAAUAUGAUAUUAAUGGCUAAUGGCCAUAAUUAUUAAUGAACUUCAGGGCAACGUUACCCUCCACACCUACGGUACAUGGGAAAAUGGGAGUGUAUGUAUGUAUAUACUGGUUUAUAUCUGCUCAUCUUCCUGUAUAGAAUAAUAAGUGUAUGUAUGUACAGUAGGCUGAACCCUGCUGCACUUGUACUGUACUUUACAAAUCUCACCCCUGGGUGUUUUUUUUAAUGGGGUAAUUGACUACAUUGGAAUAUAUUGUAAUUAUUUUACUGGAAAAACAACACUAGAUUCUGGCGCUUGUUGCUGAUGUUUAUCAUUUACAUCAGGAUAUAAAAUUGUAAAGAAACAGUUCUGCACCCAGUUGUAUUAUACCCAUUGUACAUAGUUACUUUUGGAAGUUUUUCUUGUUAUUACUAAACCAUGGUAUACAUCGAUACCAGCCAAGGCUUCGCUGCCAUUGCCAAGAGCCCAUUCGCUGCAUGCUGUACAUAGUAAGGAAUAGCUAGCUCACCUAUUUAUGUAAAACUGUAAAAAAAAAAUAAUAAUAAUAAUGUCCACACUGCACUGUUAGUAUAGGAAAGUUUCACUCAUUUUGUAAUGUUUUAUAUAAAUAAAGUUUUAUUUUUACGAGAAAAAAAACUUAGAACUCAUUCCAGGCAGACUCAGAGUAGCACUUUAUGCCAACCAUAAUUAGUAAGCCUUGAUUACGGCGUUAUGGAUUGCUUUGGAUUUUACAUCAGAAAUACUAUAUCCUUUGAUGAGUUGACAAAAAAUGGUUUGUCCCCAAAUAUAUUGGCCCACCAAUAACAUAACAAGUACUGUUGAAAGAUUCCCAGAAUCACUAGUGCUCCUUCAUGUUUUAUCUUGUGAAAUAGUUGCUAUGAAAAGUAUAUGGUGUCAAAGUGGCCCCCCAUAGACUUGAUGGCAUUUUUAAAAAGUAUUUAUCAAUGGGUGAAAGUGAAAGUUCAUCCUUUGAUAAAUACGCCUUUCAAAAUCCCAUAAAAAAUGAAUGGAGAGUGGCGGAAUUUAAUUCUAGAGGACUGUGCCGAUCUCUAACUUCACUCUUUGUUAUGCAGUCUUCAAGUCAAUGGGGUAUAUUUAUCAAAGUUCUUAUCAGUCUGUGUCAGGGGAACGUUAACAUAAAUUUGUAACCCUAUUAUUUCAAAUUAAGGUGGAAGACAGCACAAGCUUAAUUAAUGACCUGACCUAGAUAUUAAAUAUG